CUUAUUUUCAUUUUACACAUGUCAGUGUGGAGUGACUUUUGGAAGUCAUCCGAACGUCUCCCAGUGCGUUUUCACGGUAACUUUGUCAGUCCAUGCAGCUAUUGCAUAUAAUUUUAUUAACCAACUGUCUGUAAAACAUCUUUAAAAUCAGUCCAAAGAAGAGAUUGAAAGUAAACACUAAAGACCAAACGUCUGUAAGUCAGAGAGAAUCUCUUUUUCAGCAGCUGGCAUAGAUUCGUGAAACAGUGCGAUGUUUUUCUCCAGCUAUGUCGAGUUUCAAGUUUUCAUCAUGUUGCUUCUCAUGUUUAAAAAAGCUGAUGGGUCAUCCGCAGCUGACAGGAAAUGCGAAAUUAGGUCUUCCUGCUCUAGAGCCUCGUCAUCAGGAUGUCAAUAUACAGAACCGUUGACGUUAGAUCCAGACUCCAAUGUAACCCUCAACUCCUCGAUCACUGGGAGACUGAAACCAGGCAUGACAUGGAAUGAGACAAAGCAGCGUUUGGAAAACAGCAGCAGUUCCACAGAUAUGUAUUUGUAUUGCUGGAGUUCGACAAAGGAUAAAAACUUUUCAUGUGAAUGUACCUCGAUACUUUUCACACAUGCCCUUGAAAUUUACGACGGCUCAAGUUCGCCAAAUGAUAUUUUCCAUGGCAAAGAAACCAGUUUAAAAUGCAUUUUCUCUGGAUGGCCUCUGCCUACUACGGUGAAUUGGUACAAGGACGAGAAACUGAUCAUUAACGGAACUGAGGGUAUUUAUCACUCAGAGGAGAAGAAAGGAAAAUAUCUUCAUAGCACUCUAUACCUUCCCAGUGGCCGAGAAGAGCAGGAGGGAGUUUACAAGUGCAAGGCCACAAACAGUAUCCCUGGAUGGUCGAGUUCCAAGGCUUACGAGAUAGAGAUGAUUCUACAGUGUCCAUCAGCACAAAGUCCAGCCGUUUUAUCCCGUGAGAUUCUUACCAGCGUUUUUUCUAACAUCAGCCUAACAUGUCAGAUGGAUUUUGAUGGCAAUUGUUUUGAGGAGUUACAGUGGUCCAGAGGAAAUAACACGAGUUUUCUGGAAGAUAGCAAAAAGUACAGAAUAGAAGAAAGAGCAACGAGCAAUAAGUGUAAGAUUGACUACGUUCUUUCUAUUUUCAACGUCACGGAGAAUGAUGAAGGCAGAUACAUUUGCCAUUGGGAAUGCGAGGACGACCCCAAGAAAGCUGUCAUUGUCUUGAAAGUAUUUGCUGAUCUUCCUACGACAGGAACCGUAAAUCAGACAAACACCGUCUUGGCUCCCUCUUCUCGCGAGGGAGGUCGCCAAAAAUGGCUGCUGCCAAUCAUCAUUCUAUCAGCAGUUAGCGUGGCCGUCGUUUUCAUGUCGUUCCUGCGGUUUGGUUUCAAGAAAAAGUGGACAUCAUCUUAUAAGAUACAAAAACUGGAGGGCAUCAAAGAAGGAGAUCUCAUGAAUCGACUAUUUAUCAGCUUCAGCUCAAAAGAUUUAGCCUGGGUCAACGAGAAUCUUAUUUCAGUUUUUGAGAAGCAUUCCAUAGCUUACAGUAUUCACAGCCGGGACUUUGAGCUUGGGAGGCCAAUCGUCCAAAACAUGGCGGACAAUGUGUAUGGCAGCCGUCAGGUUUUGAUUGUUUUAUCUCCGAAUUACCUCGCCAGUAAUUUCUGCCGGGAGGAGCUGCAUAUGGCCAUCCAGAGGGGGAUAGACUCAGGAGAAUCGUCACUAAUUCUUGUGAUGAUCAACAACUUGAAGAAAAAGCAACUUCCGGCUGCUUUGAGAAACAAAAAGAUGCUGGACUUUGACAAACAUAAGAAGAAACAAGAUUGGGAGGAGAAAAUACUGCGUGAAAUCAUAGAAGGGAAAACUACGAGUGUUUAGAAGCCAGCCGGCUGCAGUGUUAACGUUACUCAUGCUAGAGUCGCGGAAGGUUUAAUAUCAUUACUUUUAAGUAGAUAGAGUAAUUUUUCCCAAAGAUUAUUUUUGCAGAGACGGGUAGAUAUGAGCAAUAUUUGAUAAGAGGGAAAUUAACAGGAUUGCUUUCUUCUCUAACAUCAUAUGCAAUAUCCAAAGUAAUAAAACCAAACUCGCUCGUAAAGCGAGCCUUCUCCCAAGUUGGCUGAUGCGAUUCCUACAGUAUUGAUUUCAAGAUACUCAAAGAAAAGCACUCGAAGUAGUUGUAGGUAAGUUAGUACCUAAUAACUUUUACCUGGCUUUUAACACCACGUUUUUGCGUGAUAGUGUACUUUCAUUUGGUAUUGGUCUUCCAUGGUAUAAGAUCAGAAAACAUGUUAAAAUGAUAAAUGCGAAAAAGCUGUAAAAUAAUCGCUCUUUAAAUCGUUGUGCUGUUAAAAGUUGAUAAAAUUGUUGCUGAAAUGUGUAGUUUAGGGUUAGGAAGGAAUUUCUGCAAAAAUUUCUUGGGUUGGGUUUAACGCGAAAAAGGAGGUGUACUAUCAUUUUGAACAUCAUUAUUUCUAGAAUCAUUUAUAGAUAUUUAUCUGAGCCUGAAAAAGACAACUGCAAUACAUAUAAGAGCUAACAAUCUAAAAAAUAUGUAGGAAGUUGUGAGCUGCUUUUAACUCAGUAAGUAGAGUAAAAGCUUUAAUGUGUCGAUGUAGUUUUCACAACUAAUUGGGGACACACAACAAAAACUAAGUAAAUUGAUGGAUAAGAUAAAAUAGAAUUAUUUACAAAUAAGAAAUUAUGUAUAAAUGUAUAAAUUGUACAUUAAAAAAGUAGGUAUAUAAAAUGUGGUCUCUCAGAGUUGCACAGGUCACAGCAGCCAUUGUUGUUGUUUCAGAGGGACGCUAGGUCUUUUUUUC